AUGGCAACCAAGUCUGUAGCGGUGGCCAAAUCUGAUUUUCCCCUCUACUGCAUUCAGAUGAUUGGGGACAGCCAUUUUGUGGUGGCUGGGGGAGGGGGGUCUGCCCGUACGGGCGUUCCUAAUGCAAUGGAUAUAUACGAGAUUAAGUUUGAGAACAAAACCCUGUGCGUCAACAAAGUGAAUCAUUUUGAGACAAAGUCAAGAGCAGUGAUGAAUUGUGCUGUUGCCAGGCAGGACAAACAGUUUUAUCUGGCAGCUGGACUUGACAACAGUUGCCAACUUCACACACUCAGAUACAAAACCAUGGUCCCCAAGAAUGAAAAUGAAGUUUUAGAAGGAGUACGCAAGAGGAAGAACAACCUAACAAAUUCAGCCAACCACAACACUGCAGUCAAGGUCAUAGGAUUUGAUUUAGAGCCGGGAGAUGAGAUAAUCACCGAUCGUUCUAAGGAUGGCUUCCAGAAAGUCGUUCGAUUCACCCACGAUAUCAAAUAUUUGCUAACAGCUGGUGCUGAUGGGUAUUUAAGAUGCUGGGAAUUUCCAUCUUUGAAGUUAUUCAGAGAAGUUCAUUGCCACACAAAUGAGAUUGACGAUAUGGACUGCAGUUUUGACAACAAGCACGUCGUGACGGUGUCGAAAGACAAUACAACAUGCCUGUGGUCUCUGAAGAGUGGUUCCAAGGAGUCGACAUUACAGUGGAAAAGUGAAUUUAAUUCCACGCAUCGAGUCAGAAAUUGCAGGUUCGGCUUUAUAAAGGACAAGUCAAAUGCCUACAACCUCUACACAACACACAUCCCGAUAACUAGAAACAAAGGAAAAAAUUCGUCGUGCUUCAUCGUCAAGUGGGAGACGAACAACUUCACCCACGUUAAGCAGACAUGCACUGGGAAUGAAAUAUUAUCAGCCAUUGCAAUCAGUGAAGAUGGCAUAUUCCUAGGAGUGGGUACUAUAUCUGGUAGUGUAUCCGUGUACAUAUCGUUCAGUCUUCAACGUUUGUACCAUGUGGCAUCUGCCCACAACAUAUUCGUAACUGGUCUCGAGUUUGCACCCCAUGCAACCAGCAACAGGUCUGGCAGUGGUGUGGAAAAUGAAUUUACAUUGUUCAGCAUAUCUGCAGACAAUCACAUCAAGCUGCACCAGCAGGCUUAUGAAUCAUCCUACAGUGCCUGCUGGGUCUUCGUUGGUUUCUGCAUCAUCGUCCUCUUCAUCCUCUGGACACUACGCUACCUACACGAUGCCGGCUGGCAUGUGUUAUAAUAUUCAUCAUAAUUUAUGAUAAUUUAUGCUAAUUUUGUUUCAAUUUAUUCCUAUGUUAUCUUAACUAUUUCAAAUUUUGAAUGGUUGUCGGCUUUAAAUGGUUAAUGAUGUUUAUUUGUUAUCAUAAAUAAUUUUUGUUAGCUGCUAAUUUGUUCGUCUGUCUAUCAAGAUUUAAUUAAUCAAUAUUUAAUUGCUAUGUUAGUAAAUGCAAUUUAAUUAACUUAAUUGGACACUCAUCAUUCUCGUCCUCCGUGUACAACCAGACUUUCACCAUUACAUAUUUCUCAUCUAUAUUACAUUACCCACUGUUUCAUUUAGUCAAUAAUUUUCAAGACCAUAUGCUUGCGUGCGUAAGUGCGUGUAUUGUUUGUUACAUUUGUAUUGUACUAUAUUCUUGAUUGUGUGUCUCACAUGAGUAUGUGUGUGCGUGUGUAUGUGAGUGAGUAAAUGAGAGAGAGGAGAGAGAGAGAGAGAGAGAGAAGAAUGAAUAAAUAUUUCUUUUUUUCAUUUUUAUGCUUGAUUGUACAUUAUACAUUCCUCCAUAAGUUGUGUGGAGAGGAUUGACAAUGUUAUAGAUGAAACAUGUAUAUCUGUAUAUAUAUAUAUAUAUAUAUAUAUAUAUAUAUAUAUAUAUAUUUUUCUGACUUACUUUUUCUGGCCCCAAAAAAUCUUGUUACAUGUUCAAGAAAUUUUUCAGUUGUUGGGCCAUCUGUAUGGAAUAGCCUGCCUUUGGAACUGCGUGCUUCGGGGCAUUCAAUUUUAUCCUUCAGGAGGGAACUAAAAACGUUUCUCUUUCUUUGGUUGUUGUUUCCUUGUGAUUUGUUUUAGCGCCUUUGAGAUUUAAUGAAAGGGCGCUAUAUAAAUCUACCUAAUAAUAAUAAUAAUAUAUAUAUAUCUUAUCUUAUAUAUAAACAUAUAUCCUAUAUAUGUAAUUGUACAUAUCUUUGAUAGUAAAUUUUAAUGGUCCAUUUCAUAUAGCUUAUUCCAUUUCCGAAUUUAGUUUUGUUGACUGUUUUUUCUUUAUUCAUUCUUCCUUAUUUUCGUCUACUCAUUCGUCCAUUUAUUUAUUCAUUCAUUCGUUAAUUUAUCCAUUCAUUUAUUCAUUUGAUUCAUUUAGUUCCGGUUAAUAAUAACUACCAUCAUCCCGCCCUCAUUAGCAUAGCAUUUCAGUCGGUAAAUAAUAAAAAUGUGAAAUUUA